AAACUUCUCUGGCUGAGCUUGUGGCAGAUAGCAAGAGAGCCAAUCCUGCUUUUUCGAAAUAACACAGCAAGUCUGACAGUUGAGACGAAACAUCUGUUUCUUUUCAUCGUCUCCACACUUCCACUUCCUCUUGGAGCGUUGAGGCUGCGUAGAUUUCAUUCAACUCAGCCUAAAUGACCACAAACGGUUAACGGAUGGAUUAUAAGAUGGAUGGAUAUCUGGACCAGCAAGUGCCUUACACUUUAGCAAAUAAGUCGCAAGGAAAUGGGCCCCUAAAUAGACUGUUGAUGGCGGCAAAAAGGAAAUACAUGGACACGGAAUUGCCCCCUCAGGAAUCUGAAGACCUCUUUCAGGAUUUAAGCCAACUCCAGGAGACCUGGCUCACAGAAGCUCAAGUUCCUGACAGUGACGAGCAGUUUGUUCCUGAUUUCCAUUCUGAAAACUCAGUGGCAUUCCACAGCCCGCCUGUCACCAUCAAGAAGGAACCUCAGAGCCCAGGCUCCGACCCCAGCCAGUCCUGUAGCCACAAGCAGACCUUCACCUACCCCAAUGGAGAACAGUGCCUUUACGCCGGUGCCUACGACCAGAAGAGGGCUGCUGGACCGAAGAGCUCGUGCCCAGGAACGCCCAUGUCCCCCCUGCAGCAUUACUCCCCCAAGCCUGCGGUGGGAAUGCGCCCUGGUCCUGGCCCUGGCCCUGGUCCUGGCCCUGGCCCUGGCCCUGGCCCUGGCCCUGGCCCUGGCCCUGGCCCUGGCCCUGGCCCUGGCCCUGGCCCUGGCCCUGGCCCUGGCCCUGGACCUGACCAAGGUUACAUGAACUCUCCUGCUGCCUCGCAGCCUCUGCCCAGCCACAACUACCCCAUGAACCCAAGUUCCAGGUACCAGGCCCCCUCGGGAGACAUGUGCCCCCAGUUCCCCCCCCAGGGGCAGGCCUACCAGCGGAUGCCCUCCGCCCCGGCCGGAGGGGCCGGGGGAGCGGGUGGCGGCGUAGGGGGGGGCGGCGGGGGAGGAGGUGGUGGGGGGGGUGGCGGCGGGUACCACCGGCAGCACUCGGACCCCUGUCUCCCCUACCUCCAGCAGAGCUUCAAGCAGGAGUACCUGGACCCGCUGUACGAGCGAGCAGCCCAUAUGGCGGGGCCGGGACCUGGGCACGGGCCACACCAUCACCAUCACCCACACGCUCACCCGCACCCCCACCCUCAUCCACACAGGUUCCCCCCUGCUCACAUGAUGGUCAAGCAGGAGCCAACCGACUACACCUAUGAGCCAGAUAUACCUGGGUGUCCCUCCAUGUUCCAUCACAAUGAGGGUUUCCCCAACCCUCAGCACAGCAACGAAGGCUAUCUGUUUGAAAACGACUCCAGAGUUGUCCCAGAGAAAUUUGAAGGGGAGGUGAAGCAGGAGGGGGGUAGUGUGUUUCGCGAGGGCGCCCCCUACCAGCGCCGGGGCUCUCUGCAGCUCUGGCAGUUCCUCGUGGCUCUGCUGGACGACCCGGGCAAUGCCCACUUCAUCGCCUGGACGGGCCGCGGCAUGGAGUUCAAGCUCAUCGAGCCAGAGGAGGUGGCAAGGCUGUGGGGAAUGCAGAAGAACCGUCCAGCCAUGAACUACGACAAGCUCAGUCGCUCUCUGCGCUAUUACUACGAGAAGGGAAUUAUGCAGAAGGUGGCAGGGGAGCGCUAUGUUUACAAGUUUGUCUGCGAGCCUGAGGCCCUCAUCUCCUUGGCCUUCCCUGACAAUCAGCGGCCCAGCCUGAAGGCGGAGUUUGAGCGCUACGUCAACGAGGAGGACACCGUGCCCCUGUCCCACCUGGACGAGGGGGUGUCCUACCCCCCCGAACAAGCCCCUCCCAACACGGGACCCCAGUCCUAUUCCAAAGGCUACAUGUACUAAUGCCACCAUUCACCCCCCCUCCGAGGCCCCCCCUCAUGUCAUAUCCCAUCAUACCUUGCCAUUCCCCUGUGGCCCCCCCUGCACCUCUUGCACAUGCCCACCCCAUCCACUUGUAUAUAAGGCUAUGGUGUUUUUUUUUGUUUUUUUGUCUCAUUAGGGAUUUUUGAGUUUUUAAGAGCUGCAUUCCUCUCACUUCUGAGGCCUAUUCAAUCCAUACACGCGACUGUGGUUAAAGAGAUUGCUUAAUAAAGACCCAAUAUUACUACUA